GGGCGGAGCUCUGUUCUCGUUAUUCGACCAAUCAGAGUUCCAGAAAUUAAGUCUCGUCUGAGCGCCCGACUUGAAAAAUAUUGACAUCGGCGUUUCAUCUACUUUUGAAAUGGUGAACAUGGCGUCAGUUGAGGGUAUAGUGGACUGCCUCCUCCAGGGUCAGCUUGAGACGGCCAUGGACAACAUCCAUGACAUUCUGACCCAGCCAGAAGAGGUCAACGGAAUCAAGGAGUUCAGUAUUCUGAUCCAAGAAGCUGCCAGGCAGGAGGAGAUCCAUCGGUCUCAUAUCAAGGAUGUACUCAAAGCUUACAUGUCGAUGAAAGACAACAUGGAGUCUGUGAUAGCUGAAGAUAAGUCCGCUGAUGCGAUAGGUGAAGAGAUCAACCUACUACAGACACAGCAUCAGAAAGCAUUGCAGACAUCUGAGGCAGCCAAGGAACAAUGUCAAGCAUUGAACGAAGAACGAGAAAAGAUGCAUGCCGAACAGGAGGCGCUGAGUCAGAAGAGAGAGACGGUGAAAGAAGAUACGACACAAGUUCUCCCCAAAACGAGAUAUAAUGUCAGUCUCUAUAGCUGCAUCACAGGCAUCAAGUGGGACUACGAUUGCAAACCAGACGAAAUCAAAGGAUAUGUGAGCACCUCAAAGGACGUCAGGCCCUUCUCGCUAGAUUGCAAACAGCAUUCCAAGUUCUUUACCACAAACUAUCUGUGGGACUUGGUUGAAGCAGCCGUUGAGGCCAAAUGAUUUUUUUUUUAAAGUUUAAAGUUUAUUUAUUCCACAUUUUGCAUUAAAAACAGUUUAUAUUCUUUUCUUUUUUUUUAUACAAGAGUAUAUUAUAUAAGAGUAGAUUUCACACAAGAAAAAAAAGAAAAAAUUACAGAUAUCAAAUCGAGUAUAAUGUACGCAAAGUAAGUACGAAAAUUUCGAAAUAUGUAGAUGUAACAGGCAAGGUAAAACAAUGUAAAAUGUGGGGAGCCUAAAUAAAAAGCAUAGCUUGUUUGUGAAUAGGCUCCCGUACUGAGUAACACA